GUGCUCUACUUUCAUAAAACGAAUCAGAAUGGUAACUGAUUUGAGUAAUGAAGCAUGUGCUCUGUUCGAGUUAAUAAAUUAUGUGUCUAUUGCUGGUAUUGUAUGCACAUUCGGCAUACUGUCGAAUAUCAUCAACUUGUUCGUUUUCUGGAAGCAUGGUUUCACCAAUUCUGUGACAAUGGCAUUUUUCA